UCCUAAUCAAGAGGGACUGAUCAUUAUCUUUUUCAAGCAAUACAUAAAUUUACUCUCUCUCUCUCUCUCUCUCUCUCUCUCUCUCCAACCAAUUAGAACGAAAUGACAAACUACGGCGCGAUCCCGACGUCAUCUCAUCCAUCUCCACCGGUGGAUCUCGAGUACAUCUCACACGUCAGGCACCGUAUCAAAUCAGGUCUAGCCACGCGCCGCCCAUGGCGAUCGAUGUUCGAUCUCGAAUCCAUGUCCCUACCUCACGGUUUCUUCGACGCGAUCUCGAGAACGAAGACGAAUCUCGUCUACUUCAGAGCCAACUACGCCAUCGCCGUCCUCUUCAUGCUCUUCGCGAGCCUCCUCUACCACCCGACCUCGCUCCUCGUCCUCGCCAUCUUGGUCGUCUUCUGGAUCUUCCUCUACUUCCUCCGCGACGAGCCUCUCGUCGUCUUCGGUCACCAGGUGGACGAUCGGACGGUCAUGAUCUGUCUAUCGGUUUUGACCAUCGGCAUGCUUUUGUUCACCCACGCCACGGGGAAUAUACUCGGGUCGCUGUUGACCGCCCUCGUGUUGGUUAUGAUCCACGCGGCGGUUAGGAGGAGUGAUAAUUUGUACUCUGAUGAGGAAGCUGCGGCGGUGACUGAAGCUUCGGGGCUGACGUCAUACCCUUCCUCGUGAAAACCGAUUUGAUCUUUGUGUGUGUGAGAUUGAGAAACUUGAAGACAUUUUCUUCUUCGAUUUGUUGACAACUUACAUUGUUUCCUUCAUUUUUUUUUUUCAUCCAGUGGUGGUUUGUUUGUUAAUUACUUGGUUUAGACAUCGAAUUUAUUUACUUGAACUUCAACUGAA